CGCCUUCCGAUUUGUCCAGCCACCUCACUCCACUUCAUUGUUCGCGCACGUCACCAAGGCUGCGCAUCCCAGCCACCUCACGAGGUGAACUAGCAAACUCGAGUGAGUUUUCUCCUCUCUCUCGAUAGCUCGCUCCACGGAGAAUUACGCAACGAUGGAACGCGACGCCUCCCGCCCGUAGUUAAAGAAAUCCCCGACAUCCAAAAACCCUCCGAGUCCAAUGCGGGAAGCCGCCGCCCUCCUCGCCUUGCCCGCGAGCCUCCUCCUCGCCAUCCUCGCAAGCUGCUGCACAUCCGCAGCCGAGGUGGCAUGGCCGUACAAUCUUCCGCGAACCGCCAAAUACUACCCCGAGCAUGAAGCGUUCGCGAGCAAGGAAUGGGCGGCGCAGGAGAAGCUGGCGUGGCGGCGGCCCACUGCAGUGAGGAAGAUGAGCGGCGAUGAGGGGGAGAAGUUCUUUUUGCAGUACUGGGCUUUUGAAGAGGAGGGUGGGAGUCGGAGGUAUGAGGGGAAUGCGUCGAUGGCGCUUCCGUUGUUGGCGCCGAUUGCGCCGCAUGGAGAUGAGCAUCACUUUGGACCGUCCACGUUGAAGCGCGGUCUGCUUGCGCGCGAGUUCAAGUGUCCCACUGGCACGCACUCUUGCAGUUCCAUUGGUUCGGACUUGUGCUGCAAUACGGGCGAGAGCUGCAUUUCGACGAAGAAUGGGUACGGCUGUUGUCCGGACGGGGAGACCUGCGGCGACGAUAUUGGCGCUUGCAAGGAUGGAUAUACCAGUUGCCCGAACAGCUCGAAUGGAGGUUGUUGCAUUCCUGGCGCCAGCUGCGACGGCACCGGAUGUAUCGUCUAUGGAACUUCAACGGUUACGACUACCCUACCCACCGUCACAGUCACGAGUGGAUCUUCGGGGAAGACAACGAGUUCAAGCAGCAGCGAGACGACGGACCAGCAACGGACCGUCACCGAGACAAUCAUCAUUAGCGGCAGCGGCUAUACCACGACCAAAACGGUGACCGUGGAGACGGGGAGCAUCUGCAAAUCGGGCUUUCACUCGUGUCCUGCUUCGCUGGGCGGUGGGUGCUGUCGAAGUGGACAGUCGUGUGGAAGCAAUGGCUGUCCAAACUCCGCCACCACGACCACCAUCUCCCCAAGUCAGCCGAUCCGUCCGACCAGUGUGUCGGCAUCGACUUCUUCGACAAGCACUACGACGACUACGUACUCGAACUGUCCAUCUCAGUACUACCAAUGCUCGGCGCACUUCAUUGGCGGAUGCUGUCAGAUUGGAAGGAACUGCGAUACAACGAGCUGUCCGCCAGCGACUCCAUCGACCAUUACGAUGACUUCUGGCGCGACCAUUAUUCAAAGCGCGCCAACGAGCGUUCGAGGGCAGUGCAUGGGCGGGUGGUCUUCUUGCCCCGCUGCCGAGUCUGGUGGCUGCUGCCCGAGUGGGUACAACUGUGGCACCGCGAGCUGCUCGGAGUCGAGGAAUGGACUCAUUGUGGCCACGGGGAAGUCGUAUGGGAGUGGUGGUACAGACGUCAGGUUGGUUUGGAGCAUGAUGGUGGGGUCAAUGGCUGCCGUGGUUGGGUUGCUAUGGCUGUAGAUGUAGACUGACGACCUUCGAUACCCACUGCAUAUAGAGUGAAUGUGAAUACGACUUUCAUGACUUGACACUGUAUGAUUGCAUCGUCAUUUCACAUGCCGAUCCUCAAACGCGGCGCGCGGGCAGGUUGACGCGGGUGGACCCCUCGAACUUUUGGCGGGGCAGCAACUCUAUCCUCGACCUGGACGUUCAACCUAGCUUCAACCACCCACCACACCACACCGCCCACUCGUUCAGCAUACCA